AUUUUAUAAAAUAUUAAUAUGGUAUACAGAAUUAGGAACAAGGGUUUCAAUGUUUGGGCUCCAGCAGUAAGCCCAAGGGCUUUCACUGCUAGGAAGACCAAGACUUCCUUGGAGGUUUCUAGACACGUGACCUUGCAGACUCAUAUUUCUAGAUAUGCAGGAAUGAGGCUGUUCCAUAAUUAUAGAAGAAUAUCUAGAGCAUGGAAGCAGUUCUUGAUGGGUGACAAGAUUGCUGAGCAGUUAGCAAUUUUGACCCUUAAGUCUCACAUUGCCAGACCAUUUAAUUACAAUGCUCCAAUUGAGAACAGUUUCUAUGUUGGAAGAACUUGGGCUGACAUCUGGGAUAGGCAUUACUCACUAUUUGCUUCUAACCAGCACCCACUACAGUUGGACUCAUACCAGAAUUAUAAUGACUUUGUGAAGAAGCUGAACUGCUCAGAUUAUGCUAACCAAUGCACUGAAAUUUUGGAAAGUGUCGAUAAACUCAAGGAAAAGAGAUCUAAAGCACUCGAGACUUCAGAGGGAGAGACCCUCAGCCCAGAAGACAUUACCGACAUCUACAUCGAGGUAAUGGCUGAAUACAGAAAUAAGCACGGCUUAACAGGAAAAUCUAGGGAUGGAGCUGGAGAAUAUGUUGAUUAUCUCGAGACCAGAAGACCAUUCGGAGCUACCGCCCAAUAAACAUAAUGACAUUUGUA